AUGAACAACAAUACCGAUCCUGAACAUCAAUGUUAUGUAUGUCAAGAACAAUUUUUAUCACGGAAUGAUUUACAACAGCAUUUACGCCGAACAUGUUAUCCAUCAGAAAUGCGAGAACAAAUUGGAACAUUAACUCAACACAUCGAAGACGACAAACAACAACAACAAUUACAACAACUUUUAUGGAAACAUGGCAAAUUAUUUGAUAUUCGUCAACCGUCCAUCAUCAAAGCUACAGUACAUCACGCUAUUGAAACUGGCACUCAUCCACCAAUUUAUACUCCACCAUAUCGUGUUUCUUAUAAGGAUGAACAAAUACAGAGAGAAGAAAUUGAUAAAUUACUCGAGCAAAGAAUAAUCGAAGAAUCUACAUCACCAUGGUCAUCACCUAUAGUAUUAGUGAGGAAAAAAGAUGGUUCUGUUCGAUUUUGUAUUGAUUUUAGGAAAUUAAACAACAUUACGACCAAGGAUGCAUUUCCUAUGCCUCGAAUCGAUGAUAUCUUUGAUCAUUUAUCACAUGCUGAAUAUUAUACAACCAUUGACUUUAAAUCUGGUUAUUUUCAAGUGGGACUUGACCCAAAAGAUCGUCCAAAAACAGCUGUCUCAACUCGAGAUCAACAUUAUCAAUUUACAGUAUUACCUCAAGGUGUUACAAAUGGUCCACCAGCAUUUCAACGCAUCGUCAGUCAAAUACUUGGACCUACAAGAUGGCAACAUUCAUUAGCUUAUCUUGAUGAUGUUAUAAUAUAUUCACCAACAUUUGAUCAACACCUUAUUCAUCUCGAUGAUGUUCUUAAUCGAUUAAACAAUGCAAAUUUUCGCCUCAAUGUAAAUAAAUGUCAAAUAGCAAAAACAGCAAUUGAUUUCCUUGGUCAUCACAUCGAACAUAGUAAUAUUAGACCAAAUGCAGACAACAUUCGUGCAUUAAUAGAAACUCAACAGCCAACAACAGCGAAAGAAGCUUUUCGAUUUGUUAAAGCUGCUGAAUAUUAUCGUAAAUUUAUACCAGGAUUUUCUACUAUUGCACAACCUUUAUAUAAAUACGCACCUACUACAAAAGAACAACGAUCACAAAAAUCACAAUCUACUCUCAUUAAUUUAUCAGAUGAUGAAAUACAUGCACUUAAUGAAUUAAAACGAAUAUUAACGCAUGACUUAGUAUUACGUAUUCCAGAUCAAAAUUUAUCAUUCAAGAUACAAACCGAUGCAUCAAAGAUUGGAAUUGGAGCUGUUCUUAUGCAGACUCAUCCAAAUGGAGAUUUACCAAUUGCAUAUUUAUCGAAGAAACUUACAACAACACAAAUGAACUGGCCUGCAACAGAACAAGAAUGCUAUGCUAUUAUAUUUGCAAUUGAAAAAUGGCACAAAUAUUUAGAUGGACGUUCGUUUAUAAUUGAAACGGAUCAUAAACCAUUAUUACCGUUUAAUACGAAAAAACAAUUAAAUUCGAAAUGUGAACGAUGGCGUUUGAAAUUACAACAAUAUCAAUUUACUAUACGAUAUAUUAAAGGAAAACACAAUACAGUAGCUGAUUAUUUAUCACGUUCACCAGUAGAUAAUGGAACAAAUGAUGAAGACGAUUAUACUCCAACGACAUCCAGAGCAACACAAACUGAUAAUCAUAUGCAGACACAAAUUAUUGCACCUAUUAUGACUCGUAGACAAGCAAGACAACAGCUUAAUGAGAGGACUGAUCAUCACGUACCAGAUCAGACCUGUAAUGGAAAUCGACAAGAGAGGAAUGUCGACAUAUCAAUCGACCAUUCCUGUAUUCCAAAAGCCGAGCAACUACCAACAUCUAUCCACAACACCGACUCUGAUAGAAUAAUACCAUUUACAUUGGAACAAAUAAAAGAAUUACAACAUCAAGAUGAUGAAAUUAACAACAUCAUUCACAACAUCAAGAACUACAAAGAAUAUUUUGUUAAAAAUAAUCUGUUAAUGAAGAAAAGAUUCCCACCAGUCCCCGUUAUACCUAAGGGACGAAUCCGUUUAGACAUAAUUAAAAUUUAUCAUGAUACACCUGCAAAUGGUGCACACUUUGGUCGGAAUAAAACCAUCCACAAAAUUCAACAGCGUUACUUUUGGCCAAAUAUGGUUUCUGAUAUUCGUAAUUACGUGCAAUCAUGUCUACCUUGUUUGAAAAACAAUCCACUGCGACAAAAACCACCGGGUGCUUUAAAACCGAUAAAACCUCCAGAAGGAGUAUGGCAAUUACUUACAAUGGACUUCCAUGGACCGAUUACACCAACAACAAAAAAUGGGAAAAAAUAUAUUAUUUUAUUAACUGAUGUAUUAUCCAAAUUUGUAAUUACAAAAGCAGUGCGAGAUUGUACUGCAUUAACUGCAGCACGAUUUCUAACUGAAGAUGUUAUUCUUAAAUAUGGAACUCCAAAAUGUAUUCUUACGGACAAUGGUACACAUUUUACUGCUGACAUGAUGACUGAAUUGUUCAAGAAGAUAGGAAUUAUACACUUAUAUUCAACACCCUAUCAUCCGAUGACCAAUGGACAAAUCGAAAGAUUCAAUGCGACGAUGGAUUCGAAAAUAGCAACAUUAUCAAAUGAAAAACGUACUAACUGGGAUGAACAAUUACAAUUCGUUACAUUCAACUAUAAUACCAGCAUCCAUGCAACAACUGGACAAAUUCCAUUUGAAUUAAUGCAUGGACGUUCACCGAUUUUACCCUUUGAUCAACAACAACCAUUAGUUACACUCCCCCAAGAUCCAGAUCAUAAAUCGAAAUUAAAUCAUCAUUUAUCAACUUUAACGGAACAAGCGAGAACGAAUAUACUGAAACGACAAGAGAAAUAUAAAGAACGAUAUGAUCAACAUCGCACAAAUCCACAUUACAAAGUCGGUGAUCUUGUCUUAAUUAAGAUAUUAUCUAUGCGUAAUAAAUUCGACGCACGAUAUGAAGGACCAUUCAGGAUAACACGACAACUUAGCACGAAAACAUUUAUCGUUCAACAUGUGAAGACACCAACAUUAGUGAAACAAGUGACCAGCGACAUCAUGGUGUCAAUCAUAGAACGUCGGAAACAGUAA